AUGACUGCUUUCCACUUCAUCAGCGCCUUCAUGCGCUGGAUCCGUUUGAAGAUUUAUCAGUAUGAGGUGACUUUUGCUGUAUAUAUGCUUACCCCCACCGAAAAAUUCAUCUUCAACUCUCUCAUUAUUAGCCUCCUCACAAUGGUCUUUACCGCCGCCUACAUUUACCUCCCCGACCACCUGAGAACCAUAUACAGCCAUAUGUAUUAUUACUGCGUCGGCGAGCGUCCCAUCAUCACCACCGGCCUUCCAUCGAUUAGCUCAGUAUUUCGUGAAAGUGGAACACAGAACCUUGAGAUGAUGUACGAGACGGCCAAAAAUGCGGCCGCAACGGCCACGAAGCCAAUUGCCGAACUGUGA